AUAUUCUGCUCCAAUAUGUCUGGAAUUAAAGUGCAUUCAAGCCGUGAACCGAAAUGUCCGGACGGGGGCUGGGGUUGGGUCGUUGUGUUCGCCAGUUUCAUGAUUCACGUGAUCGCCGACGGCAUUACCUAUGCUUUUGGUAUCUUUUAUUAUGAGAUUUAUAAAUAUUACGGAACCAGUAAUGCAAUGACUUCUUGGGUCGUAUCCAUUAUGACCGGAACCACUUAUUGUGUCGGAAAGUAUUGUCCAAUAGCGAGCGCAUUGACCAAUAAGUACGGGUGUCGUGCCAUUACAAUAGUGGGCGCGAUAUUAGCGAGCAUUGGAUUCGUGACGAGUCUAAUAGCGCCGAAUGUGAUUACAUUGUACUUUACGAUUGGCAUUUGCACUGGUUUUGGCUUCGGCUUAAUCUGUUAUUUCGAGAAGAGGAGAGCCUUUGCCACUGGAAUUGCUGUCUGCGGAUCAGGCAUCGGUAGUGCAGUUCUGGCGCCACUGAUUGAGUGGUUGGUCGGACUCUUCGGUUGGAAGGGAGCGAUGCUUAUCGUCGCCGGACUUACGUUAAACUGUUGUGUAUUUGGAGCGCUAUUUCGGCCACUCGUUGAGACCUACGAAGACUGUGAUGAAAAUGAAAAGGAAAAAGAAGUGACAAAACCGCUGAAAGAAGUGGUCACUCACUCUCUGUCCACAUCUGAAACGUUUAAAUUGAAGCCAAGAUUAGAAAUAAACGUAACGACUUCUAUAGACGAAGAGGACGAAGAUUUUGACAAAUUCUGUGAGAAAGAGAAUAACUUGAAGAAUGGAUGCAUUAGUUUAGCCAAUAAUCUGAACGAAGCGGUCGAUGAGAUGAGACGUCCGGCCAGACAUUCAUUUUCGGUAAACAAAGUGAAUGAAAGCCAAACAACCGAUAAUCUAAGCGAAAGUGUUAUGCAAAACGCCACGAGUUUGAGUUCGGUUCAGGUCUACAACACAUGCGAUCUCCAGAAUACUAAAGAGUCCGGAGAGUGUCCGGAGAGGCGGCGGUCGUGUUCGCUCUCUCCCGGCAUUUUGUACCGAAAGGACAUUUUCUACAGCGGAAGUCUACUAAACAUUCCGCACUACAGGUCUAACCCAGACCUCAUCCAAACGUCCAAAAAGUCGGCCCAAAACGAGUGCUUUCUUUUCCGUUGUUUUCACUGUUCGCGAGAAAUGAUUGACACGUUUAACGAAAUGCUUGACUUCACAAUUCUCAAGAAUCCUAUCUUCUUAUUGUUCGCCGUCUCUAACUUUCUCACAUCCAUUGGAUUCUUUGUCCCACAUAUUUAUAUUAAGAGCUGUCAAACAAUUCAUGAUCGGGUAUUACUCUUGGGUAUAGCCAAUGGCCAAGAGUCUGGAUUCUUCAUAGCGGUGAUCGGCAUUGCGAGUACAAUCGGUCGACUAGUGUUUGGCUAUCUCUCUGACCACUCGUUUGUGAACCGGUUGUGGCUCUACAGCGCAAGUUUGACCGUCUGUGGGAUCGCAACAAUGUUUAGCUCAUUAGCGAUAACACACUCUUUAAUGACAAUCUAUUGUAUUGUUUUUGGCAUUUCUUGCGGGACGUAUGUGAGCUUAACGUCAGUAAUUUUGGUCGAUUUAUUGGGUAUCGAGAAAUUGACGAAUGCUUUUGGGAUUCUUCUGCUGUUUCAAGGCGUCGCCUCUUUCAUCGGACCCCCAAUUAUCGGAUGGCUGUUCGACAUGUCGGGAUCAUAUGAUCCGGGAUUUUAUUUGGCAGGUUGUAUGAUAGCGAUGAGCGGAAUAAUGCUAUACUUUAUAGCGUUUGCAAAAUACUUCAAGUCUUUGAAGAAAAACUUUUCACUUUAAUAAUUAAAUUUAAAAAAAUAUAAUAAUAUAUUUAGUAUUAAAACACAAUUUCAGCAAAAGAUACUAUUUAUACGAAAUGUUAAGCAACUAUAAUAUAUGGACAUAAUUCAGACCCUUUUGUAAACUCAUGCAAAGCUAGAAAA